GCGCCGGGCAGCCAGGGGUCCUGCACCUUUGUGCGGGCGGCGCCUGCAGGGCCCCGCGGCUGGUCGGGCGCGGGGAACGGCACGCCGACUGGCUGCGCCUGCGGUCGGCUCGGAGCUUGGUCGAGCCGUGGGUUCGGCCGACCUUCCGACCGCCAGGCGGCGGUGGGCCAGGGGGUGGCGCCGCCGCUGCGCCCGCGAGGGGCCGCCUUGCGGGGGCUGCGGCUGGAUUCGCGGCGGCUGCGGCUGCUGCGGAGGCGGCCGGCCCUGCAGCUCGCCCGCUGGUGGCUCGCCGACGCCGUCGCGAGCAGUCGCGAAGCGAUAGCGAGGAGCGGGCAGGCGGUGGCCGACGGGCGCCCAGGCACGCUGUACGACGAAGCGAUUGCCCAGAUCGCGCGUGUCAUGGGCCUGCGGGAGGGGGCGGACGGACAGAGGGUGCGCCCUCGCAUCAGGGGCUACCUCCAGGCCGUGGUCUUCGGCCACCACCCGAUCCACUCGGUCGGGGAGCGGGCGGUGCGCGAGCUCCAGACGCUGGCCGCAGCGAUGGACCUGCUUGAGGACGGCUCGCUGGCGUCGGUCGCGGACACGCUGAUGCAGCGGUUCAAGGCGCUGGAGAUGGCGCUGAACGACGGCAACUGGUACAUCGCCAACGAGCUGGAGGUGGUCGAGGGCAUCCGCCCGACGCUCGCCUCCCGCGACGAGCAGGAGUCGGCGCGGAGGUCAGCGAUGCUGCGGCGGCGGCUGGAGGAGGGCGGAGCCGUGGGCGCGGGAGCGACCCCGCUCGCCGCGGUCGGGCCUUCUUCACGACGAGGCGUGGCGGAGUCCGCCCUGGCGGAGCCGCGGCGGCUGCGGGCGAGGGCGGCCCGCGGGGACAGCCCCCGCCCUGGUGCUGCGGCGGCGCCGGGCCGCGUGGAGCUGCUGGGCGCCCCCGAAGUCCGCGCCUUUCGUCAGGACCAGCCGGCAGCGCAGGCAGCUUGGCCAGACGCGGGCGCCCCCCUGGCGGAGCUCUCCCACACGUGGCAGGAGAAGGCUGGGGCUGCUGCCGAGUCCUUCCGCCGCCCGCUGGAUGCGGGCCCGAUCCUCGAGGAGCUGAUGCGAGAGUUCCCAGGGGCGCUUGGGGUCUACGUGGACAAGUUCAUUCACAGCGGGCAUCGGCCAACUAGACGGGGGCGGCUGCAGCGUGAUCUGCUACCGCUACCCUGUCCCGAUCUUGAAGCUUCGGACUUCACCGUGGAGGAGGAGAUUGACCCAGGCGACCUGGCCUCGCUGCAGUCUCGCUUGAGGGUGAUCGUGAUGGCUAUGAACUGGGAGGCCGGCUACCGCCACCUGAAGUGGGCCGACGUCUGCGGGCCGGAGCCGAAUGCGGCCCAGCGCUCGGCUCGCCUCGGGAUCGCGCGGCGCGUCUACUCGAGCGUCGCCCCCGAGCCCGCCGUGGCCGGGACCCUCGACUGGUCCGACAACUUGAAGGGCCGGGCCAUCGCGUACGACGGCUCGGAGGUCUCCACGCCGAGCAAGAUCGCGCUCGAGCAGAUCGAGGGCGGCCUGCCGCCUGUGGGGGUAGCCGCCUCCAUCGAGGCCGCGGAUCUCGCCGCGGGCUUCGUGCGGGCGGCGCUGCUGGACCCCUCCCUGGUCCUCCUACCGCCGGCGCAGAGGAGCUGGUCGAUGGGCCGCAAGCUCUGGGCCGGCGGCGUGGAGACGCUGCGGUGUGGGCGCGAGGCCGUGUGCGAGGAGAACCUGCACCUGCUGGAGGAGGCCGGCCGCGUGCCCGCGGCGGGCGCUGGGCAGGAGGCGCGCGCCGUCUACGUCGGCCGCGGCUCGCGCCGCUGGGGGCUCGGCCCCUCCAAGUGGGGGAACCCGUGCCCCGUGGUGCUGGGGCGGCCGGCCAGAGACGCCGUGGCGCUGUUCGCGGGCUGGCUGCGCUCCCAGCCCAAGCUCCUGGACCAGCUGGGGGAGCUGGAGGGGGCUCGGCUGCUCUGCCACUGUCCCUCAGGCGAGCCCUGCCACGCGAACGUCCUGCUGGCGGAGCUGGAGCAGCGCGGCAAGGGGUGCUCCCGGCCCUUCCUGGAGCACCAGAGGGUGGUGGCCUCGCUGGUGAUGACGUGCCACCACUCGGGCGCCGACCUUCGAGUGGAUACUGAUGCAGAGACGUAUGGCAAGAUGUUCCCACGGCAAGAGAUCGAUGCUGGCAUUUGGAAGUGGAAGGUCGCACGCCAGCUCGUUUGGCAAGACCAGGCCAAGCACAUCAAUGUGUUAGAGUGCGAGGCGGCGCUGAUGGCCCUGCGUUGGCGGGCCCGGUCAGUCUCACGACAGAUGUGCGUCUUCCUUCACAGCAUGGUGAAUAUCGGUGCUGUUGCCAAGCGCCGGUUUUCGAGCCAGCAGCUCAACAAGGUAGUGCGCGCCUUUUCCAUCCUUGAGCUGGCCCUCGGAUCGCGGGCGGUCUUUGCCUUCACCUCAUCGGCAAAGAGCCCUGCGCUCUCUUUGCCAGUCACGUGGGACGAAAUGGAUCUCUGCCUUCAAGAUUAUCUGGAGUAUCUCUGGAGCAUCGGGGCCUCGAAGGGGCAGGCGAAUGACACUCUGUCAGUCGCCGCCGCAAUGGCCGGCUGGGCGUUCGAGCGCAAUGCGUUCGCCCUGGCCGCCUGCAUUCUUGGAGGCAUCCACCUGUGCCUGAGAACAGGUGAG